GGUUGAUUUUCGUUGACCUUGAUAACCACGAGAUGCAGCGCGUAUCGAUAAGGCACCCACGUAAUUAACGACUAAUUAAUUCACUAGAGCGAUUAGCAGUGGCGGUAAUUUCGAUCGCCCGUGGUUUCGAAUCUUCCGAGAUUGAUCGAUUCGUCGAUCGAUUUUCUACGAUUAUUUUUAUCUAAAGUUCUCUCUCUCUCUCUCUCUCUUCUACGCACAUAGAUACAAUUUGCAUACGCUAGUUGAAUUAUUAUUUGUAAACGAUGAGCGAUAGCGAUGACGAUCAGCCACGUUUGAGCUCGACAACGCUUACUGCACUGCAGGAAUUUCUGAAAGAAAGGGAAGAACGAGAGAUUUUUUUGAAACGUAUAUCCAAGGAAGAUCAGAUAUCGAAUACUCUCUUCGACGAGGAUUGGCAAUUGAGCCAAUUUUGGUACGACGAUAAGACGACAGAAGCAUUCGUCAGAGGUGCCUUAAAUUCGACACCAGCCAAUGGAAAAAUCGCUCUGAUCUCCUGCCCGACACUUUACAGUAAGCUGAAGAAAGAAUCUGGUGAAAGACAAAUUAAGCUAUUUGAAUAUGACAGUCGUUUCAAGGUAUUCGGUGCAGAUUUCAUACAAUAUGAUUACAAGUUCCCCUUAGAUGUGCCCAGAGACAUGUCCAGUGAGUUUGAUCUGGUUAUAGCAGAUCCACCGUUUCUGUCAGAUGAGUGUCUGACGAAAACAGCAGUGACAAUAAAGUUUCUGACAAAGGAAAAGAUUGUGCUAUGCACAGGAGCUAUUAUGGCAGAAUUAGCAGAAAGACUGUUAAAUGUCAAGAAAUGUAAUUUUAUGCCAGGCCACAAAAACAAUCUGGCAAACGAAUUUUAUUGCUAUUCGAACUUCGAUUUUGACAAGACUCUGGAAUGAGCAAACAAUAUUUCAAACAGUAUUCGACAAAUAUAUAUAUUUGUAUUUAUUAUUGUUAGAUAUUAAUAAGUGUGUAUAUAUAUUAGUUUGUACUUUUUUACAUGGAUAUGCCUGAAUGACUGUAGAAAUUGACAAACUGUCGACUCGAAUUUUUAUUUUUUGUAUUACAGAAAUGUUUAUAUAGUACAAAAAGUAAAGAUUGAAAUGCAUUGAA